AUGUCGAGGCAUGUUGAUGAUAUCAAGACGAUCCUGUUCGAUGAACCCGAUUUUGACAGCGACGAAGAAGUCAAGAGUAAAAAUGCUCGACGAAAAGAAAAAAAGAAGCUGAAAACUCAAACAGAAGUGAAGAAGAAGCCACAAGUUGAAACCAUUGUAUUUCGGGAUCCAGCGAAGAGAAAGAAAUUGAUGAAUAAACCAACUGCUCCGAUCUCAACACCUGACAAUGUCGAGUUUGACUUGGAGAAGGCUCGAUUUGAUGUACAUAAAUUUGGAAUAAAAGGCUUCGAAAAGAGCAAAUACGAAGACGCACGCGUGGCAUUAGCUGUUAGUCUCGGCGCGAAGCCACCCAAACAAAAAUUCAUCAAUUAUCGUGAACUAAUUGAACAGAAUCGAGCGAAGAAGCAGAAAGAAAAAGAAGACGAAGAAAACGCUCGGUUACUUGGCGAUUUAUUUCAUAAGAAUCCAAAUAGUAGUAAGAAACCGUUUCAACGAGCAAAACAAAAACGUAUUGGCGAAGGUGACGUUGGUUCGAUGCGUUUUUCAUCCGUUGGUAAAUUUCAAGGAGGUGUUUUGAAAUUGUCGGAGAAAGAAAUCUCGAAAAAUGAUUCUCGGCGGUAUUAUGAUCAAUUGAUGAAACAACAUCUGCAUCGAUUGUAUUCAAGUCAAACGAAUUCGCCAUAUAUUGUCUAUGGUUCUCAAAAAACAGCAGAUCUUUUUCACAAACAACCUAGUUCACUACGUGUCGUCAAUGAUUAUCUAACCGAUGAUGAAUAUAACAACUUAUUAAAAGAAGUAGAUGGUUUUAUGAAACGUAAACGUUACGAAUAUUCACAUUGGGACGGCGCUAUUCAUGGUUAUCGCGAAGCCGAGAAAACUGAAUGGACACAAGAAAAUCAGCAAGUCUUGUCACGCAUUCGUCAAUUUGCAUUCGAUGAUCCAACACAAACUUUGGUACAUGUUCAUGUUCUCGAUAUUGCCAAAGAUGGAUAUAUCAAACCACAUAUCGAUGCUAUUCGAUAUUGUGGCACGACUAUCGCCGGCUUAUCAUUCCUUUCAACAAGUGUGAUGAGAUUGGUGCAUAAAGAUGAUAAAUCCAUGACAGUGGAUCUUCUUCUCAAACCUAAAUCACUCUAUAUUUUGAAAGACUUCGCGCGAUUUGACUUCACACAUGAGAUUCUCAAAAAUGAACAAUCCUAUUUUAAUAAUGUUCAUAUUCCACGAAAUCGUCGAAUAUCGAUCAUGUGCAGAAACCUGCCACUUGAUCCUACUGCUGGCUAA